AACGGUCGAGGGGCCCUGAACAGUGAUCGGCGUUCACUACGUCCGAAGCAGACUAGUGUCUUGGCGCUCGCUCGCACUUCGAAAAUUCGAACGCCCGUCCUCCGCUCCGACUUUUCUCUCCAGCCAGCGAUUAUAAGCCAAACCAGGACCGGAGCGCCGUACUUUUCCAACAACCAGACAAUCAUCAAAAACCGACGCAGAGAUGGCCCCCAAGAAGACCAAGACCUCCGACUCUAUCAACUCGCGCCUCGCGCUUGUUAUGAAGUCCGGGUCACCCUCGGCUACAAGUCCACCAUCAAGGCCAUCCGCUCUGGCAAGGCCAAGCUCAUCAUCAUCGCCGGCAACACUCCUCCCCUCCGCAAGAGUGAGCUCGAGUACUACUCCAUGCUCGGCAAGACCGCUGUCCACCACUUCAACGGCAACAACAUUGAGCUCGGUACCGCCGCCGGUAAGCUCUUCCGUUGCUCCACCAUGGCCAUCAUUGAUGCCGGUGACUCCGACAUCCUCACCGCCUCCGUUGCA